UCCAGUUUUUCCUCUCUGGAGUUUUCAUAGACGUAGACGUUACUGACACCAUGGCGUUCAUAUCCAGUGAAAUAAUUUCAUGUAUCUUACUGUCUUUUCUCAUUUCAUUGAUAGAAGGAAGAUUUGAUUACCAUUAUGUGACUUGUGGAUCAACAUUAAAACUCUUCAAUCCAUACCACAAUAUACGGCUACAUUCUCAUGAUGUCAAGUAUGGGUCAGGCAGUGGUCAACAGUCUGUAACAGGUGUAGAAUCUUCAGAUGAUCACAAUAGUUACUGGCAAGUUAUAGGCAAGACCGGCAAACAAUGUGAAAGAGGUCAGCCAAUCAAAUGUGGACAGACCAUUAGAUUGUUACAUCUGAAUACCAACAGGAAUUUACACAGUCACCAUUUCCAGUCACCAUUGUCCAGAAAUUUAGAAGUAACAGCCUUUGGAGAAAAUGGAGUAGGAGAUGAAGGUGAUCACUGGGUCAUUAUAUGUUCUGGUAAUUACUGGGACAGAAACCAAAAAGUCAGGAUUAAAAAUGUAGUCACAGAAAACUAUUUACAUGUAACCGGUGACACAUUUGGUCGACCAAUCCACGGACAGAAAGAGAUUUGUGCCUACCCCUCGCCAAGUGAACUUAAUUAUUGGCAGGCUGCCGAGGGAAUCUUUAUCAAGCCGACAGAAUCUGCAGUCCCAACAGUCAGAACACCUGGACAUGAUGAAUUCUGAUUUCACCUUUAUUAGAUGACUUUAUCAAUUUAUUAUUUUUGGUUACUGCAAAUUCAGAUAUUAUUGUGAUGUUUUUAUCGAUAGAAAAAAUGCAUAAUGAUAAAAUCUAACAGUCUGAACGUCAGAAGUAAUUUUCCUUCUUACAAGUUUUGCAAUUGCAUUUAUAAGAUCUCACACUUUUUAGUAGUUAUAUGUGAUUAGUAAUUAUAAAUGCACACAUUAAUUUCUGAGUUUACAGUAUUUUUAAGGUUUUGUGGAUACUUUAAAUUCAAAAGUCUCAGAUUUUUACUUGAUGUUCAUUCCAAUCUUCAUUUAAUAUUUACUGUAUUAAAGUUUCAUUGCUUCUUCUCAUAUUUCCUGAAUGUUUGGUCCUGUUAAAAAAGUAAUAUCCCCCACAUGGCUUUUGUCAACUGACCUGCAAAGAAGCAGUGGUCAGUUGAAUGUUGGUCAGACAGAUUUACAUGACUUUCUCAAAAGGUCAAAUAGCAAGAAUGGAAUAAAAAAAAUAUGUAGAAAAUUUACAGAGAGAACUGACAUUUUAACUUCAUGUUAUAGAUGUACUAGAAAAAUUUGAUUAAGGGGAUGUAACUCAUGUAAAAAGUGUGAAUGGUUGUAUAAUUGGAGCCAAGUACAUUGCAUUUGAACAAUAUGGGUACAACUUCAGGCCCAUAGCCAGGAAUUUCCAAAGGGGGGUUCGUUGGACUCACAAACUUGACUUUAACAGUCACAAUUCGAACAGAACAUUGACUUUAACAGUGCUUAUUUGUUUUCAAGGGGGGGGAGGGGGGGGGGGUUGUCCAAACCACCCGAACCCCCCUGGCUACAGGUAUGAACUUUUUAAUACUUGUUUGAUUAAACUUUAUAAUUUUGAUAAAUUAUGUUUCUUUAAUUUUAAAACUUUGGUACAAACUUUGCAUAUGAGCUCUAUUGGAUAGAAAUUGACCUUUUAUCCCCCAAAAAAAGUACUAGUAAUGGCAAAAUUGUGAAAAUAUAAUGCUCCUGAACAUUAGUUGAUUUACAAUAUUUCAUACUGCAAUGUGUUGUCUUGCUUGUCUAAUUACCAGAGAGGGAUAUUAUAUUUGUAUGGGAUAUAUUUGUAUUUGAAUGUUUUUUUACCAUAUUUUUUAAUGUAAAUCAUAUGCUUAACAUGUUGUAGUGCAAAAUCAAAUGUGGGAAUUCUUAGAAUCUAUUGUCAGAUUAAAACAUGAUUGAAUCUAUAAAUGAAUGGACAUAUAAUGUUGUAUUGUUUGUUAGAGUUUCAAUUGAAGAAAACCAUUCGUGAAACAAAAAAAUGUUUCAAUUUUACUGUCUAAAAUUUGGUAGUAUUUUUUUAGAAUAUAAAUACUCUGUCAUGUUUUUGUUAAGAGAAUUCUUUUGAACAAGUUCAAAUGAGGGUAUGAAUGAAUAGGUUAUUGUGUGUCAGAUUGUAUGUGUCUUACUUAUAAAUUAUACUAAUAAUUUAAAUAAACUAUUUUAUAUAUAAA